ACCGCCGGAGUGCUUUUUUUUCUCCCUCAGUAUCCGUGGAAAAGAAUUACACCCGAGUCAAGGGUCAGAGAUUGGUUGCCACGGUAACCAGCCGAAAAUGCAUGCAAUACCAUGUAUUUUGUUCUCUCCCUCCGCGUAGUGACAAGACGGUAUACCAGCGGCCCGUUGCCAGCAUUAUCCCUCCCCUAACACUGAGAGUUGUCCACUCUAUCGCUGUUACCACGGUGACGGCAGGGCUGAUGAUGCAGGACGGUGAUGCAGGCCUGUCAUUGCAGGCUUGGGACGAAUCGGCUCUAUAGAAUCAACACAUAGGCUUGACAGUCGCCCGGUCGAUGUCGUCGAUCUCUGCACUCCUCCGGGAACACUUCAAUAGUGCGUCUUGACACCGUUGUAACAUUGUUAUUACCCAACGCAUGAAGGACUCGUUUCCGCAGCUCUUCAUCCCCCGUCCUCGACUGACAGGUUGUGCCGAGUGAUAUCAUGGGGAACGGUGUGUCGUCCAGAGAACGAAAUGCCACCGCAUGUAUUCAUCUGGACGUCAACGGUUCCAGACAAAAGGUGAAAUUUGGGCGAAGAUGCAGCACCAGAGAUGUUCAUGAUCUGUUGGCAGCAGCGGCUGGAGUGAACAAAAUGGCAACUAUCAUAUUGAAGGACGAUGAUGGCGCCCUUGUCAGCGUGUCACCUGCAAUGCCUUUGAACACAGCCUCAACGCCCUAUAAAUUAUUUGCCGUUGAGGACGCUGGUCAAUCCGCAGGCCAAGAAAAUGCUGUGCUUUCCGGAGUGAUAACGCAGGUUGCGGAUCAAUUCACUAAGGCCUUGGGAGUCAGUGAAAUCAGGGAAGAGCUGUCAUCUAGAAUUGAACUCAUCGAAAAGAAAAAAGAAAUUGAAGGAUUGAAGGCAAUCGAAAUUGAAAAAUGCAAACUGGAGUUGAAGAACUUGAAGGAAGAGCUACUGAAUGCGAAAAGUUACGGUCCUCCUUUCUGCAGUAGGCAUGUGAAAUUCUGCAAAUGCGCCAUCCCUGAGCGGGAUGAGAAGAAGAUUGUGGCCCGACGAGACGUGCCCAAGUACCCCAAGUACACCCUGUCACAAGAGACAACUGAGUACUUGAAGAAGCCCGCCUUUGAUAUCUGGCACUGGGAAUCCAAUGAGAUGUUGUGCCUGUUGGAACACAUGUACUACGAGCUUGGACUGGUGGAGGAGUUCAGUAUUAACUCACUGGUGCUUAAACGAUUUUUGCUGUGUGUUCAAGAGAACUACCGCCACAAUCCCUUCCACAACUUCCGACACUGCUUCUGCGUGACACAGAUGAUGUACGGAAUGAUCCACCUCUGCAACCUGAGCUCAAUACUGUCCCGGAUGGAGUUGGGAAUUCUGCUGACGUCAGCACUCUGUCACGACUUGGACCACCCGGGAUACAACAACACGUACCAAAUCAAUGCACGCACAGACCUAGCGAUCCGCUACAACGACAUAUCCCCGCUGGAGAACCACCAUUGUGCCGUGGCCUUUAAGAUCAUCGGUAACCCUGACUGUAACAUUUUCGCCAACACCGAACCGGACACGUUCAAGGUGAUUCGCCAGGGCAUCAUUAUGCUCAUCUUGGCUACCGACAUGGCUCGCCACAGCGAGAUACUCGACCAAUUCAAGAAAUACGUGGAGAGUGGGUUCAAUUUCAACAACGAGGAACAUCUCAACUAUUUGAAAAUGCUGUUGAUCAAGUGUUGUGACAUAUCCAAUGAAGUGCGACCUAUGGAGGUCUCUGAGCCUUGGGUGGACUGCCUGUUGGAGGAAUACUUCAUGCAGAGUGACCGAGAAAAGAAAGAGGGCCUUCCGGUAGCGUCCUUCAUGGACCGGGAUAAAGUCACCAAGCCGACCUCACAGAUUGGUUUCAUCAAGUUUGUCUUGAUUCCCAUGUUCGAGGUGGUUGCCAAGGUAUUUGCUGUAUUGGAUAUCUCCAUGGUCCAGCCACUUCGAGAAGCCUUGUUCCGCUAUGAGGACCUGAAAGCCGCAGAAGAUGCGGCCAAAGAAGAGAAGAAGAUGACUGAAACGAAUCAACUCCUCGGAAUCGACAGCUCCGCCUAAAAUUCGAUGGCGCCAUACAUCUCCUUUUCAACGUGGUUCUCUUGCAGUUGACAAAUUGGUGAAGAUUCUUUCUUGCAUUGGAAAGCUUAAUGUGGACGGCGCCAUUUUGUGGAGAUGGACGUACGUGAGGGGUUAUUCCCGCUGGUACCAAGCACUAAUCAUCCUAAAUGCCAUGUGAUGUCAAUCGUUUGCGAACAUGUUUCGGCUGAUUUGUGCUUAGUACGUAAAUUUGCUGAAAAGUAUUUUUCCAGCUAAGCAUCCGAAGAGAACAUUUAUUUAUAUUUGGAGCGUAUAUAUAUUCGUUAAGUACGGCAGAGUUUUUGCUAAGCCGGUCAUAGGUCUCAUUCACAAGUCAGCCAUAUUGAGUAAGAGUGAUUCACAAUUGAAAAAGAUUGAGGGAACGUGAUCAAAUAUGGCUUCCUUAUGAAUAAGGUCUACUAUACCAGUACACCAUAUAUUGCUCCUGGUCAUACCCAAAAGGACUCACAAGCCAUAUUCGACAAUGUCAGUAGUCAAAGAGGAGAGAUUUGGCCGGUCCAAAAGCUAUGGCUGCGGCUGGAUAUAACACCUACACCACUUACCAAUUGAAAAGGCACUGGACAGCAGCUGACGCCACUCCCUGUAGACAUGUGUGUUACUCUUGCCGCAGCCAGUCUGCUGUGGUUUACACGCAGGGCUAGGGCUGAAUAUUAUUUUAGGUCUUGCACGAGUGCGUCUCCGCUUGUUGCCGAGCGCACUCAAAUUAAUUUUGUGGUUUAAUGAAUAUGUAUUGUUAUCUGUAUGAGGUCAAGGGGAAAUGAAGCGAUAAGUCGCUAUAUACAUGUAUUAGAAAGUGCACUUAAUUACAUCUAAAUGUUAUAAACAGUUCAUAUUUUCAUGCUGAAGACAGAAAUGAUUCUGUAGUAUGAAAAAUUGGCGAAUGGGAUGGUUUGGGAAUAGACCAAAGAUGAGGUUAUUCGGAAACCAAUUUUUAUGGUCAGAAGGGGAUUGGAAACAGGUGCUAUUUUGAAAUACAGUGAUUUUUACCAUCUUAUACAGUUGAUUUAAGGUACCAUAUGAAGUAGAUUUUUUUAAUGAAAUUUUUUUGACUGAGAGCUGUAAUGCUAUAGAUUCUGGGGAUUUCUAUUGUCCCACUCACUGAUCCAAUCUUCCUUUGUUCAACCGGCAAGUAAAGUUUUCUGAAUUGCUAUGCUGUAGGCAAGAAUCGAUUAUAGAAACGUAUACAGAACAACCAAGUUGUACAAAUUGAGUGUCCUGUAUUGUGUACCAGCUUGUUCAUAAAUCCAGAAGAAAAUAAGUGAGGCGACGCAGGGAAGAACAGACUAACGGUCCACGAGUACAUGCAUCAAUUGGAAUUCCAACCGCGAGCACUCUCGGCCCUUGUGAAAAGCAAACUGGUAAUAAUUUUUAAAAAGUUAAACGGGACUCACAUGAGGACUGUUUCCUUCAUAUUUUAUUGCAGUCCGACUCCUGUGUAGAAGUUAGCGCUUUGAUGAAAUAAAAUGGGUACCAGGGUAAAAUUUUUAAACAACAAUUCGUAGAUUUCUUUCUUAGAAGGAACAAUUUAAGAUCAUACAGAAAUUCCGUAUACAACUAGUUUUAAUCACUCGUAUUACGCAAUGGCUAGAGGUUAUUUGUCUUCACACAAAGGGCAGAUCCGGAGGACUCCAACAGCGAUCUUUUUGGUUUAUUACCUUUCCCUCCUUCCAAAGUGUGCAAUAAGCUUUUGCUGCUACAAAGAAGACACGUACUGGUAUUCGGGUCCUAAAACUCCGAUUUCCUUGUUCCUUAAACUGUGGACCACUGUGAUAUGUUGAGUGACUUUCAGCGGACUCAUUGUACAUGUAUAUGUUUAUUCGUAAUCAAAAGUUAAUAGAACAGCAUUUAAGGCCAGAACAUGCGAAAUUUUAUACAUGUAUUCAACUUUUCCCGCUUGUUCCCCCCUUUUGAUAUCAAACAAAGAUAAGGAAGAGAAAUAAUUUUACGGAACAGUCCAAUAUAUAAAGUGGAAGGAAUUGACAGUAUUGUUAUAGUGUGUUACACCCGACUCGGGAGAGUUCGCUGUACCGCUGUUAAAUGUCUAACAUUCUGAAACAAAUUAAUAUUUAACAAAUUUAACAGUUGGAGAGUAAUGUAAAGAUGUAUUUUGGUUUUGAAGUGCGCACUUAGUAAAAUUUCAUAAUGAUUAUGCUUAUCUUUAUUUAUCCUUUGCAUCAAGUUUUGAUGGUUGUAAUAGACGGGUCGAUGUACUUUUGGUGAUGUUCGUCACAUGUGAUUUAAGCCUGUACGCUUUGGGGGCGAGUAGCUCGUACACUCGUAAACAACAUCGUGAAGUGAAUGUUUGACGUCAAAAGGGGAGCCUUAAAUAUCUCGUCAACCCCUCCAUGCAUUUUCAAUGGCAAAACCUGUCAUUAAAAAUGCAUGGAGGGGUUGACGAGAUAUUUAAGGCUCCCCUUUCAAUCUCUUGUGUCAUUUUACAAUUUUCUGUUAAAAUGGGGUUGUUAUUGUAAUGUUUAAUACCCACAAAGAAUUGGACUGUGCUGCGAUAAGUUAAGUCUGGGGACGAGAAUUUGUUAAAGUUGAAUCGUUCCAACACCCAUCGCGAAUGUUUAUUUCCUGCGGAUGGAUUCGCUCACUUCAUGUAAUUUAGGUUGAUCGGUGGGACUGUUUCAUUUAAGGCCUUUAUGGAAUGCUGUAGAAUAGAUUUAAGUAUAUGUACAAGUAUUUUAAGACACCUCGUAAUAGUUAGCACUGAAAAACGGUCACUACGUUGUUCGGGGAUUGUAAACCAAUUUGAAAUCGUAUCUUUCGUUUGUUUUCCUAAGUUUGUCAGAGUUAACCUAGACCAUUCCUUAAAUAACUGAUCUCUCUGUCUUUGCACUCCUGUUUAAUUGACGCAUUCAAGUAAUUCAUCCUUAUAAGUAAGGAAAUAUGGACUUGAUAACACCAUCGUAUAUUUUCAAUCGUCGAUUUGUUGUACACUGUUCAUGUAAAAAUCUCUUUCCAAAAAGUUACAUCUAAAACAUUGCUGACCAACAGAAUUUAGGAUGUCGUCAGAUGUACCGGGAUUUUCAAUGAAAUAGCACUGUCGAUUUUGAUAAUGGCUGGAAAAUUCUAUAUUCCUCUCUGGAACAGGUGCCAGUUUGUGUUAUUAAUUCUUUAAGAAAAAACCAAUACAUGAGGAAUAA